ACCAUGGAAUGCCACAGCGAAAGGAUUAUACUGCAACGGCGCAGCGAAAGAUUGGCCAUUCUCCAAAGGCUGAAACCCAUUUCGUACCGAGAAACGGGAGUGAGGAGGGUUUUCAAAAGAAUCCGCAGGAAGCACAACUCUCUUGCCUCAGAAGCAAAAUGGGAUUCCAAAACCUGGAAGGAGACUUGCUCCCAGAAGAGUUGGGGGGCGAAAAGCAGUGGAUCGGAAGACCUGAUGCAGCCUUGCUGUAGUAAAGACUUGCCUGAUCAAAAUCCUUUAAUUGCACGACAUUGUUUUGAAACUCCUCCACCGAUGGAACCCAACGCUAACAUCAUGAUGUGCCCCGAUCAGAAGCCACUUGUUCUAGUUAUAGAAGUGCAGCAGAUGAAAAGCUACAGCAGUCCAUCUCUCCUCGGAGCCGGGACACAACUGAGAAACAACCCAGUUGCUCUUGCUUUCCAACAUGCAGGAGACCAUCCAAGGCCUGUCAUGAAGAUGUUGGCUUUUUUGACCCUAAUAUUCUUCUUGGGCAUCUUUUCUGGAUUUCUGUAUGGCUUGUGCAACCCCUCUGAUAGCUUCAAGCAGGUGAUGAAGGUGCAGCUGAGUCGCCAGAAUGAGGCCCUUCAGCAGAAUCUUCAGAAACAGAUCAGUACUUUCCGUCAGAACGUCGUUGGGCUCCAGAGCCUUGUAGAUGCCCUUGGAAGUGUCCAUGGACACUGGGAGUCCCAGAAGCAUCUCUUCAAGCAAUUGGGGGGCACUGCAGAGGAAAGCAACCAGAUUGAAAAAGAAGACUUUGCCCUGAAAUCUGCAGGUGCAUCGAUCGUAAAAUUCAGCACAAGCUAUGAAACGGGAGCGCAGGUUUGCAUGUUGGGGCUGUGCUGGGAUUACUCACGUGCACCAGAAGUGAUUCUUGAGCGGGAUAACACCCCUGGGAAUUGCUGGGCUAUGCAAGGCUCUCAAGGUUAUGUCGUCAUCAAAUUGUCCGAAGCCGUCUGCCCGGUUGCUGUGAGCCUGGAUCAUAUUUCAAAGAAAAUUUCUCACACAGAAGAAAUUACCAGUGCUCCAAAGAACUUCUCUAUCUAUGGAUUCAAAGAUGAUUUUGAGAAGGAGGAAGGGAACUUUUUGGGGUCAUUUGUCUACAAAAUCGAUGGUUUCCCUAUGCAAACUUUUAAGCUGGAGAGAGAAAAUUCAGGUAAAUUUCAAUACCUGCUCUUGAAGAUUUUGAGCAACUGGGACCAUCCAGACUACACAUGCAUCUAUGGGUUUCGUGUGUAUGGAGAACGAAUGGAGUGAUGGAGUGAUCAGAGAAAUUCAGUAUAAUAAAUACA